GCUGAGUCAGCGCCCAACAUCUUCGGAUUUGCAUCUCAAAGAUUCAAGCGCGGCUUUCCCUUCCCCUUCCCAACGUCGUCUUUCUGGUCUUUUGGUCUUUUGGUCUCCAAUCGCCUCCGUGCGGCUUUCUUCGACCUUGCGGACCUUGUCAAUUGCUUCAUCUUCCUCCUCAAUUUUCCCCCGACUUUCUUGCCAAUUCCCCGCCAUGGCCGCUCCCCGACUUUUCCGCCCAGCAUCCCGGCUGCUCUCUUCGCGCCUCACUCCCACUACUCUGCGCCCGGCUUUCGCUCAGUCUGCCCUGCGCACUCGCAGCUAUGCCACUGAGGGUGGUGUCAAGGAGGUCACUGUCCGUGAUGCCUUGAACGAGGCGCUCGCCGAGGAGCUCGAGCUCAACCAGAAGACUUUCAUUCUGGGUGAGGAGGUUGCACAGUAUAACGGAGCUUACAAGGUGACGCGAGGUCUUCUGGACCGUUUCGGCCCCAAGCGGGUUAUUGAUACCCCCAUUACUGAGGCCGGUUUCACUGGUCUCGCUGUUGGUGCUGCCCUGGCUGGCCUGCACCCUAUUUGCGAGUUCAUGACCUUCAACUUCGCCAUGCAGUCUAUCGAUCAGAUUAUCAACUCUGCCGCUAAGACUCACUACAUGUCCGGUGGUAUCCAGCCCUGCAACAUCACUUUCCGUGGCCCCAACGGUUUCGCCGCCGGUGUCGCCGCUCAGCACUCCCAGGACUACUCGGCCUGGUACGCCAGCAUCCCCGGUCUGAAGGUCGUCUCCCCCUGGAGCUCUGAGGAUGCCAAGGGUCUCCUGAAGGCUGCUAUCCGCGACCCCAACCCCGUCGUUGUUUUGGAGAACGAGCUUAUGUACGGCCAGGCCUUCCCCAUGAGCGAGGCCGCCCAGAAGAACGACUUCGUCCUGCCCAUCGGCAAGGCCAAGAUUGAGCGUCCCGGCAAGGACCUGACCAUCGUCUCCCUCUCCCGCUGUGUCGGCCAGUCCCUGACUGCCGCCGCCGAGCUCAAGCAGAAAUACGGCGUCGAGGCUGAGGUGAUCAACUUGCGCUCCGUCAAGCCCCUCGAUGUUGAGACCAUCAUCGCCUCUCUCAAGAAGACCGGCCGCCUGAUGGCUGUCGAGUCUGGCUACCCCAUGUUCGGUGUUGCCUCCGAGAUCCUGGCCCUGUCCAUGGAGUACGGUUUCGACUACCUGACUGCCCCCGCUCUCCGUGUCACCGGUGCUGAGGUCCCCACUCCCUACGCCCUUGGCCUCGAGAACAUGUCCUUCCCCCAGGAGGACACCAUCGUCAGCCAGGCCGUUAAGCUGCUGCGCCUGUAACGUUUUGGAUCGCAGUGAGCGUGCCGUCAUAAAACCUUGUUUCUAGUAUCCCCUUCUUCAACCUUUUUCUUUUAUCCACCCUGUCUCCAUCAUUUCUUUAACUAUAUCGUUGUGUCCUCCUCCCCCAUCAUCAUGUCAUUAUCUAUUGCCACCUAGACAGAUUCUUGGAAAGCUUGUGUACGAUUACCUUCCUUGGGUCUGUGCUAUUUUUGUCUCUUUUUGUGUGUUUCCCCCAGCGUAAGUUCUUUUGCUUAGAAUGAUAUAGACAUUGGAAGGUGCAUACGCUCGUAUCUUUGUCGUAAGGAUGGUGAAGUAUGUAGUUGAUCAACCCGGUAAUAUAAACGCCGUGUGCCUCGCUUGAACGCCAGACCAAUAAUCAUACAAACUGGCGAGGAUGUCUAGGACCAGUCUCUUAGGGUAUCACGAAGCUGCCUUGACCUCCGUCCGUCCCGCACAUCCAGCAUCACAACCCGUCGGGCUUCGAGGAUCAUAAUACCCUCCCCCUUCUCGAUCUCGAGAAUACUCUUCAUCAGUGUCACUCUCCGCAUCCUGACGAACCUCCUCCCCACGCUCUCCCAGACUCCCUCCUCCACCAGCCUUCUCCUUCCCCCCUCCUAACCCAACCUCUCCUCCACCUCUAUCGUCAUCUUCCUCCUCGUCAUCACCAAGGACGUUCUUUCUCACCGGUGCCACAGGCCCUUUCACCGUAGAAAACGAACUCUUAAACCCUCCUUUCUUAAAACCACCACCACCACCACCCCCGCCUCCUCCUCCCCCGCUCUUUACACCCUUCACCGAAGCAUUUCCGCCAGGCGCAUCGAGAACCUUCAGUCCAGCUUCGGCAUCUGCUCUGCGCUCGGCGCGUCGCGCUUUUUCGGCGGCGUUGGGGUCCCGCGAGAGCUGUUUUAGGUCUUGGAGGCGUUUGCGGUGUUGGUGGUCGUAGGAGGAGAUGUGGGCUUCGUAUUCUGGGUGGCGCGAGUAGGAUUUGUUGCAGAGGGUGCAGGUGAAGGAGCUCAAGGCGGACCGGGCGGAUUCCGUCUGUAGGUUGUAGAUAUGAAAUGGUUAGCGUCGAGGGUUGUGGAGGUGAUGUAUAGACUGUAGAUAGGUAUAGGCGGAGGUUGGAUG